AUGGUUCCAACCCAGUCACUCAAAUAUGCUCUUGUGCUCUUUUAUUGUACCUUUGUCCUUAACUUCUUAGCCAUUCCCCUCUAUGCUCUCAACAUUGGAGCUGAAACCACCGGAGUUGCUGUCUCUGUGAGCAAAGAGUGUAGCAGACAAUGUGAGUCAAGUUUCUGCGCAGUGCCUCCAUUAUUGAGAUAUGGCAAGUACUGUGGGCUUCUGUAUAGUGGAUGCCCUGGAGAAAGACCUUGUGAUGGCCUUGAUGCUUGUUGUAUGAAGCAUGAUAAAUGUGUAGGAGACAAAAACAAUGACUACCUAAGCCAAGAGUGCAGCCAAACAUUAAUAAACUGCAUGAACGAAUUUAAGAACACGAGGGGCCCUACAUUCAAGGGUAACAUGUGCCAAGUGGAUGAUGUUAUUGAAGUUAUCAAUGUAGUCAUGGAAGCAGCUUUGCUGGCCGGAAGAGUUCUCCACAAACCCUAG